UGUAUGUAUGUACUUUAUUAUGUACAAGUUGUAAAUAAAAAUUUAAAUUUAAUGUUGCCUUGAUUUGUCGAGCGAGACAAUUUGCAGAAUCUUAUUUCAUUCUAAUUUCUAAAUAGAAAAUGAAUCGCAUUUAGAAUAGGAAUUUAGAACUAUUACAUUCAAUCAAAUUCGAUUGUACCUAAUAUGUUUGAAGCCUCACCUUAUUAAAUGUCAGUGAAAACAAAGUAAGGACAAUGUUACCGGGUAUUGGGGUUUUUGGAACAGGAGCGAUUGCUAAAGUUCUGGUGCCUUUCUUGAAAGAGAAAGGAUUUUCUGUCGAAGCAAUAUGGGGUAUAACUUUGCAAGAAGCAGAGAUAGCCGCAAAAGAACUUAAAAUUCCUUUCUUCACAAACAAAAUUGACGACGUCCUUCUCAAGAAGAAUGUGAGUUUAGUUUUCAUAGUUUGUGCCCCAAAUCUUCAUGCUCAGAUAUCUGUCAAAGCACUUGGUAUAGGAAAACAUGUUGUUUGUGAUAAACCAGCGGGACUGUGCCAAGCUGAAGCAUUGAAGAUGGUUCGUGCAGCACAGUAUUAUCCAACGCUCAUUUCUAUUGUUAAUCAUUCACUGAGAUUUUUACCAGCAUUCACUCAUAUGAGAAAGUGUAUUCAAGAGGGAUAUCUUGGAGACCCUGAAGAAUUAACACUUAUAGAUGUAAGAGUACAAAUGGGACCUUUAAUAGGAGACUCUUAUAACUGGUUAUGUGAUGAUACAAUGGGCGGAGGUACCUUAACUUUAGUGGGAAGCCAUGUUAUAGAUUUGGUAUCGUUUCUUACUAAACAGAAAGUAGUAAAAGUACAUGGUGUAUUGAGGACUUUUGUUGAAGAGACUUCAAAAAUAAAUGGUAUAAGGAAGAUCACAGCUCCAGAUUUUUGUACAUUCCAAUUACAAAUGGACAAAGGCUUGUUAGUGACUGCGACACUAAAUAAUCAUUUACCAGGACCAUGUUUUAAUCAAGAGAUUUAUGUUUGUAGCAAAAAGGGAUAUUUAGUGGUGAGAGGUGGUGAUCUCCAUGGAAAACUGCAUAAAACCUACUCUAAUAAACAUUUCCCAGAUGAGGAAACUAAGAGGCACGACAAAGAAGAUGUUAUAUAUGUAGAUAUAGAAGAUUUAAGCUGUGCCUCAAGUGUGGUUCCUAAGCCUUACAUAAAAGGUCUUUGUAAAAUGAUAAGUGCUCUCAAAGAGGCAUUUUUGCCCGUCAAAGAAGAAAUGGACUGGAUAAAAGAACCUGUUAAAGCGGCAGCAACUUUUGAAGAUGGACAAAGAGUCCAAGCAACUAUGGAGGCUUUGCGACAAUCAAAUGAAGAUGGCUGUUGGACAUCUGUUAAAUUAUUGACUGAGCCACCUGAUCCAAAUCCAGCUCUGUCUGCAGCAGUACGACGUACGGCCAUAUCAUUACAAUAGUGACAAAUUUACUAAUAUGCCAUUAUUAUGUACCUUUGUAUUAUAAGAUAGCUUAUUUGCAUAUAAUUAAUAUAUAAGUAAGGAUCUGCAUUUGACAUUGAUAUUACAUUUCAGUAUUAACAUGUUUAUUUAAGACAUUCCUUACAUAUGCCAUAGUAUUUUAUGUUAGUAAAUAACAGAUUGUUCACUUUUCUAAUGUAUAAAUUUGCUUUUAACUUGCCAUUUUGAAUCACAAAUAAUGUAAAACUAAUAUAACCCCACCAACGCCAGUACUAUCAGUAUUUUUAUUAUCAAAUCAUCUAGAUCUUUCACAUACAUGGAGCACAAUAAAAAGUAUUUCACUAAAAAAUAUAAAAAUACAUUUGGUUAGCUUUAAAAAUUAGCUUUCACGAUCACAGUCUGGUAUUUUUACUGUGUUCUUAACUUAAUACUAAUUUUAAUUAAGAUAUUUCAAAUUUAUUUACUCUUUCCAAACAAUAUGAAAUGUAUUUUCAAGUUUAAUAUCCAUACAUAUUAUUUUAUUAGCAUAACUGAGUCAGUACUGAAGUCCAUUCAAUUUUUUGUUAUAAUGAAAGUGCCCAACAUAGAAGAGGUAGCACAGAGAUGUUUUAAGAAAAUGUCACUCGCUGGUGCUCACAUUUGACAGCUAAUUAAAAAAUAUAUUAAUCUUAGUAAGAAGGAUCAUUGUGCCAGCCAGCUUAAUCUCAUUCAUGAAAUAAUUAACUGCAUCUUAGAAGUGAUAAAAAUGUGAUGUGGGUUAUACUUUAUUAUCUUUAUGUACAAAUACCACUGCAAUGUUAAAAUCAUUGAUUAAAUAAUGACAAAAUUUUAUUUUUUAUCUUGCUUUAUUAUGAGGUGUAACAAAAUCUUGAGCCUAUUUUAUGGUACCUACUGUAUUUUCUGUAAAUUGGAUUGUUUGAAGAUUUUAUAUCUCAAUCUUGUGAAAACAGCAUACAUCUUUGUAUCCAACACAUUUAAAGCAUUGCAUACUACUGUUAGUAAGGUAUAUUAAGACCUCAAAUGAAUAUGAUUCCACCAUCCAGCUGUUUUCUGCUGUAUAGCCAUUCUGUAGAGGUAACCAGAGGUUUGAAGGGUUAGACAUCUAGUAUACAAGAUAAUUCAUUCCAGUCUUCCAAUCUCAUCUCUCAAGUUGAGUCUCAGAAUUAACAUUGUGAUGUGUAACACUUAAGAUGAUAUCUGUAUUGCCAGGAGCUCGGUUAAUCCUUUUGCACCUGCUCUGGAGUCUUUGAACCUCAUUUAAAGGACAUGUUAUAGUGCUAAGAAAAACUUUGUAGGGAGUCCAUUGCAUAAAUCAAAAUAUAUAAGCAUUGCCACUGCUGACAAGAGCAUGAGCAACUAUAACUGCUCACUUAAUGGUAGUCUGUGCUCAUGUGGUCUUCCACAAUAGCAAAGAUUAAAAAUCAUAUCAGUGUGCUAUUACUAAAUACUAUAAUAAGUGUUAUCUCAAUUAAUUUUAAUUGUUGGUAGCUCUAUUUGAAUGGGAAUUGAAAUAAUCCUAUAGCAUUUUUGCUCUCAAAUUAAUGUAAAUCAUAUUGAGGCUGACUUCAAU